AUGUAUAGACUUCCGCGUCUUACAAGAUUCGGCACCCUUGGACCGACAUAUCCACGCCAUUUUAUUCGUUCCCAUGGCACACUACAACACAGUCUUCGGGUCCUUGAUGCACCGCAUAUUUCCUAUGCCCGUGAUCUUGGACAUGUUCACGAAGUCGGAGUAGAGCUUCAGACUUCCGGUUUGCUCAAAAUUCGGCUGGGCUUUCCUGAUGACUCUUCUGAGUAUCUUCAGGAUCUUAUCUUAAGCAUGCACAAACAGCAUGGUCAUCACUUGCCGAUUACUCAUAGUGCGACAAGAGGCUGGUUCUGGGAUGUGCGGCCGAAACCAGCUUCCGCUCCAGGAGCUCAUCACGCUCGGUCCGAAACUAUGAGCGAGUUCUCAUGGCACACUGACUGUAGCUACGAGGAUCCGCUGCCGAGGUACUUCGCGCUCCAGGUCCUACAGCAUGAUCGAUAUGGAGGUGGUACACUAUCUGCGAUGAACGUAGCCAGCCUCUUUAGGCUUCUAUCACCUGAUACACGAAAAGCCUUGAUGGCCCCCGAGUUCCGGAUGAAGAUACCAACCGAGUUCAUCAAGAACCCCGAGAAAUCAUUCAUAACUGGCAGCAUCUUCGCCACAGAUCGCCACUCAACCAUUAUUCGCUACAGACACGACAUUAUUACGCCACUGACUACUCGGGCUGCAAAGGCAUUGGAAGAGCUGAGCGCAGUGUUGGUCCGGUGUGAAGUACAUGCAUCCUCAACCAUGCAUCUGAAAUCGUCCGACCUGCCGAAAGGGUCGAUCAUCUUAAUGGAUAAUCGCCGAUGGAUGCAUGCGCGGAAUGAAAUUCGGGAUCCAGAGCGCCACCUUCGGAGGGUGAGAUGGGAUGCACGUCCGUUCAAUAUCUCCGAUGCUGGUAGUUAG